AUGGGUAUUAAAGAUAAGUUAAAGAGAACAUCGAGAAUUUUUAUCAACGAUUCUCAUGCCAAAGAUGAUUCCAAGAAUGUCACUGGUCACGAAGCACCAGCAGAAGAAUCUGAAGCUAAGAAGACUGAAGAACCAUUAGAAACUGGCGCAACCGAACAAGAAGGUGUUGCUGGCCAAGGUAAUGAGCCAGCUGCACACGAAGCCAUUGACCAAACCGAUGCCUCCGAGGGCCAAUUUGUUGACCAAGAAGUUUCGGCCGCCCCUCAAACUGAAGGUGUCAAUGCUUCCGAAUCAGCUCCAGUUACUGAAACUGUUGGCCAAUCUGAAGCAGUUCCAGAACCUUUAGCUGCAGAACCAGAAGCAGUUCCAGAAACAAACCCAGAACCUUUAGUUGCAGAACCGGAAGCACUUCCACAAUCCAACCCACAAACUGAGGCUGCCCCUCAGUUAGAAGAGCCAGUUACUCAAGAUGCAGAAGCUGUCCCAGCUACUGAAAACACCCAAGGUGAGACCCCAUUAGGACUCAAAGAAGCUGUCGACCAAGACGCAGCUCCUGCCGGUGCUGAAGGUGCUAAAGACACCACCAAACCAGACUUAGCCUCCCAAGGUGAAACUGCCAAAGAAGAUGUCCAAAAGGCCUCCAAGAACGUCAACAAUGAAGUGAAGAAAGAUGCUUUUUUCAAGAGAUUUUUGGGAAAAUUCAAGAAGUCUUCUUCCGCAAAGUAA